UACCUUCAGCUGUGCUUCAGCUCAUCCUUAGAACUCAAUAACAGUGAAGUGAAACACACUUCUGUAGUUAUUUAGCACAAUAAUUUACUCUCGAAUAACAAUGUAAAAACAAUUAUAAUGACGGUAUCAAGUUACUGGACAAGGUUAGGCAUCCUCCUGUGCACAAUCAUAAUUAAAGACGCUAGUCUGGAUUUAGUGGUAAAUGUUCGCAAUCAGGGGGGAGAUAUUUACAAGGAAGAAAUAUUGUCAGAUGUAAACGAAGAGACGAUCAACUUAUCAUUCGAAUCUCCAGGAGAUGGCUCAACCGUUUUGUUAUUCAUUGAUUUCAAAAAUGAAAUUCAAAUAAUCCAAACGGACGUUCUAGGGGAGGAAGAACUAACCGGAGAUCCUCCAUUUAUGAGUUAUUGCUUUGUUACAAAGUUUAUCAAAGGUGACUUUAUUCCCCCGGAUGCGAUGACAAAAUUACGCCAGAAAAACCCUUGGUCAAUUCGAAUUCCUGAGCGACAACUUUCACUAUCAUCGUCUGAAUCUGACGCCACACACCCCAAUUCCACGCUUGACAGUUUGCUCGCUACAGGAAAGCACAGCGACUGGAUUUCCCCUCAUCUGAAAACUAUAUGCAAAGAGUCGGUCACAUAUGUCAACAAAUUGGAUCUCAUGAGUAACUUUCACGAAAACGGGAACAAUUCGGAAAGCUUUCUUCGAGCGGUUCGUCCAGUGAUAAUCGCAACGUCGGACUGCUCCACGGUCACCAGAGCGAGUGGGGUGCCCUGCUUAUGUUCCCAUCCAGUCUGCGUAGGAUGGUUUCCCUGUGCUCUGAAGUACUGUCGGAACAAAGGAGAUACCGGCGGAACCGUUAAGACGUACCGAUGUGGUAUUCAUACAUGCAAGAGUUGUAGAAACUAUCUUUUUCCCGUCAACAAUCGUUUUAAUUGUUUAUAGGCUUUUAUACAUUGAAUAGUCAUUAACAUAGUAUUACAUAAUAAACUGUUACUAUUUUUAACUUCCA